AUUGGCCCUGGGACAAUGGCUCUGACCGUGUAUGCGGUGACUGACAGGGCUGCCGGGCACCCAUGACCUACAGGUGAGGCUCAGCUUUCGAGGCAUCUCUACAGCCUGUCCCCUUUCUCCCCAAGUUCCUCCAAUUCCCAGCUGUUCCGUUGGCCACACUAUGAGGCUCCACUGGCUGGGGAGUGACUGUCUGUACAGGUGGUCAGCUGCAGCCAUGUGUUCAGCCCCAGGUCUCUGGGGACGCUGGUGAUAUCCCUGCAGCAGCUACAGACUGCAGGGCAUUUGGUGCUUCAGGAGGCCCUAGUGGAUGAGAAUCUGCGCGUGUCCCCAGUCCAGGUGGAACUUGACCUGAAGUACCAGCCCCCAGAGGGUGAAACUGGAGCCUGGGCAGAAGAGGACUUUGGAGCACCCAUUCGGGACAGCUCAGAGCUGAUCAUUCCCAAUAUGGGCUUCCAGGAACUGGAGCCUGGGGAGGCCCGGCUGGAGCGGUGGGCAGUGGCAUUGGGCCGCAGGCUAGCUUGAGGAGUAGGUCAGCAGGGCGAUGAGGACAACAAGCUGGAGCUGGAGCUGGAGGACAAGCCUGAUGUGGAGCUUUCUGGCGUCGCGUUCAGCCCCCUCAAGAGCCGAGCUCGGGGCCUGGCCCGCGGGGAUCCCUUCCAGGUAUCCAGGGCCCAGGACUUUCAGGUGGGGGUCACGGUGCUCGAGGCCCGGAAGCUGGUGGGAGUCAACAUUAAUCCCUACGUGGCCUUGCGCAUUGGGAAGCAACGCCGAGUGACCGCCACGCAGCGCGGGACAAAUUGCCCCUUCUUCAACGAAUACUUCUUGUUUGAAUUUCAUGAGACCCGGCUUCACCUCCAGGACUUGCUGCUGGAGAUCACGGUGAGGCGGGUAGGGGUGAGAGGUUUCCGUCAGAGAAGGGGAGAUGCCAAAGCUCCAGGACUAACGCCACUUCCCCAGGCUUUCCAUUCGUAGACCCUCCCCUUUAUGGCCACCCGGAUAGGCACCUUCAGGAUGGACCUGGGCAUUAUCUUCGACCAGCCAGGUACUGAACCCUCCCCUCACUAUGGCCACUUCUAUCAGAAAUGGGCUUCUCUGCACGACUCCCGGGAUACACGCGCCGGGACCAAAGGUUUCGUCAAGGUCACUUUGUCCGUGAGGGCGCGCGGGGACUUGGCCCCUCCGCUGCCACCCCCGGGCCCUGGCCACAGUUCGGACAUCGAGAAGAACCUGCUGCUGCCGCGUCGGGUGGCAGCGGAGAGGCCGUGGGCGCGGCUGCGAGUGCGUGUGUACCGAGCCGAGGGGCUUCCGGCGCUGCGCCCCGGCCUGCUGGGCAGCCUGGCCCGCGCCCUGCACGACCAGCGCGUCCUCAUGGACCCCUAUGUGCGGGUGUCUUUCCUGGGGCAGCAGGGCGAGACGUCGUUGCGCGGCGAGGCGACGGCGCCCGAGUGGAACGAGCAGCUGAGCUUCGUGGAGCUCUUGCCGCCGCUGAUGCGCCGCCUUCGUCUGCAGCUACUGGACGACGCGCCCCUGGUCGAUGUGGCCCUCGCCACGCACUUGCUGGACCUGAGGCAGAUCUCGCAUCCGGGCGGGGCGGGUGAGCGCAUCUGGCCGACGCGUGCAGCCUCUGCCUGGGCCCUCUCUGCGCUGGGUCCCGCCCCCGACUGCAAACCCCAUCCUCGCGACCUAGCUCCGCUUAGAAAGGACCGGGGGCUGCAGGAGGUUGAGAGUCUGCAGCGCAGCCCCACUUCCGGGACCUGCUCACGGCUGAAGCAGGCACUGGAAGAGCUGGUGGCUGGGAGCAGACAGUUUUGCCACGGUGCUGAGCACAGGACAAUGACUCGGCCCAACGCGCUGGAUCUAUACAGAUGCCAAGGGAAACAGCUGGCGUUUAGCCUGAACCUGUUGGCAAAGCAAGGACUGUGGCUCCUUCGGGGCCUGAGACAGGGCAACGUGCAAGAGAAGGUGGCACUGGCCAAGAAGCUCCUGGUGAAACUGCGCUUCCUGGCCCAGGAGGUAAUGCCUCACCCACCCAUUUCCCCACCCUGAAUACCCUUUCUCCUAAGCCUACCAGAGCCCCAGCAAUCCCUCCUGGAUGUGCUGGUCUGGAAGCUCAGUGGGCGGCGCCAUGUGGCCUGGGCCCAUCCCGCCCAGGAUGUGCUGUUCUCUGUGGUGGAGGAGGAACGGGGCCGGGACUGUGGGAAGAUCCAGAAUCUGCUGUUCACAGCACCUGGGGAAGCCGCUGGCGAGGUCCGUGCCAAGCUGGAGCUCUUCCUGGGGCUGGAGCUGGGCAAGCAAGCCAAGGCCUGCACCUCAGAGCUCCCCCCGGACCUGCUGCCUGAGCCCUCGGCUGGGCUGCCCCUUAGCCUGGACCGGGACUACUUCAGCUCCUUCCAGCUCCGGGCUCACUUGUACCAGGCCCGAGGUGUGCUGGCAGCAGAUGACAGUGGGCUCUCGGACCCCUUCACUCGAGUCCUCAUCUCUACCCAGUGCCAGACCACAGGGUUGAGGGUCCUGGAGCAGACGCUGAGCCCUCUGUAGGAUGAACUCGUGGUGUUUGAUCAGUUAUUCGUGGUGAGGGAGCACCUGCAGGAGGAGCCCCCACUAGUGAUUGUCAAUGUCUGUGACCACAAUAAGUUUGGCCCCUCUGUGUUCCUGGGAAGGACGCUGGCCGCCCUGAGGGUAAAGCUGAUGGAGGACCCUUACCAGCAUCCUGAGUUGCAGUUCUUCCCCCUAAGGAAGGGGCCCCGGGCAGCCGGGGAGAUCAUCGCCACCUUUGAACUCAUUGAACUGGACUACAGUAGUUGACUUGAGCCCUCAGUGCCUAGUGAUGUGGAGCCCCGGGACCUGACCGCCCUGGUUGAGCCCCUCUCCGGACGCCUAUCCCUGCCACCGCACGUGCGCCCGCUGCUUAGGGAGUUCCAUGUUGAGGUACUGUUCUGGGGUUUGAGGGGCCUUGGCCGUGUGCAUCUGUUUGAGGUGGAGCAGCCCCAGGUUGUGCUGGAGGUGGCCGGUCGGCGAGUGGAGUCCGAGGUCCUGACCAGUUACCGUGAGAACCCCAAUUUCACUGAGCUCGUCAGGCAUCUGACAGUGGUCCUCUCUCCCUACCCCCAGGACCUGCCAGAGCAGCCUUAUCUGCCUCCCCUCAGCAUCCUGGUGAUUGAGUGCUGGGCCUUUGGCCGCACAGUGCUCGUGGGUUCCCACAUUGUCCCCCAUAUGCUGAGAGUCACACUCUGGAGUCAGGAGGAUCCCCCUGAGGGGGAAGGAGAGGAGGAGACAGGGUGCCCAAGGGGACCCUCCAAACAGAGGUCCCGCGAUCCCUUCUUGGCUGAAGUGGGGAUACUCAGGCGGCUCCUAAAGGCUCCUCUGAAGAAGCUCCCUCUGGGAGGCCUCCUGAAUCAAGGCCCAGAGCUGGAGGAGGACAUCCCAGAUCCUGAAGAGCUCGACUGGUGGUCCAAGUACUAUGCAUCUCUGCAGGAGCUCCAGGGGCAGACCAACUUUGAUGAGGAUGAAAUGGAUGAUGUUGGGGAUUCAGAUGGGGGCAAUCUCCUUUCUGUGGAUGGGGAAGCCCAAGACCAGGGUAAGGCUGAAGUCAAAGGCUCUGUGUCCCAGAAAAAAGCAAUCGCCACUCUGAAGAUUUACAACAGCUCCCUGGAAGAAGAGUUUAACCACUUUGAAGACUGGCUGAAUGUGUUUCCCCUGUAUCGAGGGCAAGGAGGUCAGGAUGGAGAUGGAGAGGAAGAAAGGUCUGGAAACCUUGUGGGCAAGUUCAAGGGCUCCUACCUCAUUUACCCUGAAUCAGAGGCAGUGUCCUUUUCUGAUCCCCAGAUCUCCAGGGGGAUCCCACAGAAUCGGCCCAUCAAGCUCCUAGUCAGAGUAUAUGUUGUAAAGGCUACCAGCCUGGCUCCUGCGGACGCCAACGGCAAAGCAGACCCCUAUGUGGUGGUGAGCGCUGGCUGGGAGCGGCUGGACACCAAGGAGCGCUACAUCCUCAAGUAGCUGAACCCCAUCUUUGGAGAGGCCCUACAGCUCAGCAUCUCUCUCCCUGCUGAGCCAGAGUUGACCGUGGCUGUGUUUGAUCAUGACCGCGUGGGUUCUGAUGACCUCAUCAGAGAGACCCACAUUGAUCUGGAAAACCGAUUCUAUAGCCACCACAGGGCGUCCCAGUAUGACGUGGAUGGCUACAGUGCCCGGCGUGACGCAUUUCGGCCUUCGCAGAUCCUGGCGGUGCUGUGCCUACCCUGUGGCCUCCCCCCACCUGAAUACCGAGCCGGGGCUGUCAAGGUGGGCAGCAAACUCUUUCUGACACCGCCAGAGACCCUGCCCCCAGGUAGUGGGGACUCCGAGGUGGCAAGUGAGGUCCCUGAGGAGCCCCAGGCAUUGCUGGUGCUGCGGCGCUGGCAGGAGACGCCUGGGCUUGGGAUCCAGCUGGUACCUGAGCACGUAGAAACACGGCCCCUCUACCAUCACCGCAGCUCAGGGCUGCUGCACCUCUUCCUGUGCCCCCAGGGAUCCCUUCAUGUGUGGAUUGACAUCUUCCCCGGAGAUGUGCCUGCCCCACCUCCAGUUGACAUCAAGCGUCGGCAGCCAAUCAGCUAUGAGCUCAGAGUCAUCAUCUGGAACACGGAGGAUGUAGUUCUGGAUGAUGCAAACCCACUCACUGGAGAGAUGUCGAGUGACAUCUACGUGAAAAGCUGGGCGAAGGGGCUGGAGCAAGACAAGCAGGAGACAGACGUUCACUUCAACUCUCUGACAGGGGAGGGACUUCAACAGCGCUUCGUGUUCCGCUUUGACUACCUGCCCACCGAGCGAGAGGUGAGCGUCCGUUGCUGGCCUGGACCCUUUGCCCUGGAGGAAGCUGAGUUCCGGCAGCCACCUGUGCUGGUCCUGCAGGUCUGGGACUAUGACUGCAUCUCCGCCAACGAACGACUAGGAUCCUUGGAGCUGCAGCUACCGGACAUGGUGCGAGGGGCCUGGGGCCCCGAGCUCUGCUCCGUGUGGCUGGUCCGGGACGGGGCCGGGCCAAGGCGUAAUCUGUUUCGCUGCCGCCGCUUGCGGGGCUGGUGGCCUGUAGUGAAGCUGCGGGUGCCGGAGGCUCAGGCUGGCAAGAAGAAGAGGAAGAAGAGGAAGAAGGGCCGGCCAGAAGACUUAGAGUUCUUGGACUCAGGAGGCGACGUCUACAUCCUCACGGGGAAGGUGGAGGCUGAGUUUGAGCUGCUGACUGUGGAGGAGGAUGAGAAACGUCCAGUGGGAAAGAGGCGCAAGGAGCCAGAGCCCUCGGAGAAGCCCAGCUGCCCCGAAACCUCCUUCAACUGGUUUGUGAACCCGCUGAAGACCUCCGUCUUCUUCGUCUGGCGCCGGUGCUGGCGCAUCCUGCUGCUGCUGGCGGCGCUGAUCACUGUCUUCCUCCUCCUCGUCUCCUACACCAGGCCUGGCCUGAUCAACCAGGUUACCGUCCGCCCCCUCCACCGCCCCUGACUGACCUUGGACACUCAUCCCGUAAUGCCAGCUCCUCAACUCCUGCCCCUGGUGUCCUUCCCACCAACAGGAACCAUCAUGGCGUUCCCUGCUUUCUCUGUGUAAACCUUACGAGGUAUCCACCCUGUCCCCUGAACACAUGCUGCAUAUAAUAAAUGACACUAGGGGCAGAGAACAGAUGUGUUCUUGGGUGGCCUCGGGCGCAUGAAUGCACAGGAUGGGAGGCUGCCCACGUGGCCCUGCUGCCGGGAAGGACAGGGCCCCGCGGUGGGUCACAGCCGAGGAGCCCUGGCCACCGAGGUGUCAGGCCCUCGAGCAGCCCACCUGCUGCGCCUGCUCAUGCCAGCGGCUGGGUCCCUCUCACCCCAUCUGCCGUGGCUUCUGCUGCUCCAUUGCAGCUAAGCCCUUUAUGUGCUCCGUGAACCUGUACCGACCCUGAGAGAAGGCAGAUCACUUAGGACACUUGACUGCAAGUGACAGAAAUCCUAACCCAAGCUGGCUUAAGCAAAAAGGGAAUUUAUUGGCUUACACAGCUGUAAUUCCCAGGAAUUGGUUGGCUUCAGGUGCUGUUUGCCUCAGGGUUCAAACAAUGUCACUAGGACUGGUUCUCUGCCUGAGCUUGGCGCUGCAGUCCUCAGGGGAAGCUCAUUUGCAGACAGGGUCUCUCCUCGGAAGUGCAGGACGGCUGCAGCAACCCCACGUCUCCCCAUAGGCAUGUCCGGAAGGAAAGAAAGCUUUCCUAGGCCUGACAGAUGCUAGCUUGCUCUGGGUCACUGGGGUGUGGGUGUGGGAUGGGAUAUGCUGAUUGGGGCCCUCCCCUGGGGCUUAGGGUGGGAGCUCAGCCCUCUUCCCAAAUCACACAAGCAGACAGUGGGCGGGGAGGUUCCCAGAGGAAACCCAGGAUACCUUAACAAGGGGGAAUGGUUCCCGGGUGACUAAAAAAACAAGGCUCACUACAGCUGACAAUAUCACCCGCAAUUCAUAAAUGAGACAAGGGCCCACCAAUAACACGUCCAAGGUCACAGCUCGUAAGUGGCCACAUCAGAGCUGGGUCUCAUGUCCGGCUGCCUCCAGAAGUUUUGCUGUCAUUGCCCUACUCUGCUUUCUGUCCUCCGCUUCUCCCCUCACUACUGUCUUACACUGAAACUCCCUGAGAAAUGACUGGCUGAACUGACCAGCUACUAAUGUCCCUGGUUGCUUGGGCUGUGCAGUGGUGAGGUCUCAGGGCCGGUUCCCCACACAUCUUAAGGGCUGUAAUGGGAAGGCCUGACUAGGUCCAGAGCCAGAGUCUGAUGCUAGCCCUGCUUCAGAAUGGCCACUGCUACCUUCCCUCCCUGUUUUUCAGUUCUGUGUCCACCCAGGAAAUUGCAAAGGACCUAGCUGUACCCUUCUGGGCACCAGGAGCCAGCAGGCACUUGGCACAUCGCAGGGUCAGUGAGCAGGAGGGGAUCAGGUGACUGAGCCCAGGGUGGCAGGGAGGGGCCCCAGCUUAAGCCACCACUGAGGUGGCAACCCCCAGCCUGCAGCCAGGGCCUAUUACCAGUGGGGUCGGAAACUCACAAGGCUGGGGGCCAGGAUGACUCCAGGAAGCUCAUCCUGGACAGGUCCAUCUAAGCCCUGGGGCUGAACCCAAAAGGCCUGAAGGCCACGGUGGGAGGGACUGAUGAUGGGGCUGUGGAGUGAACAUCAGUCUGGUUUGAAUCAAGUCCUAUUAAGCAGGGACGUCCACGUGGGGCUCCCAGGGGCACCUGGCUCUGCAAAGUCAGUCCUGACUGCCUUUGAUAAGUGGCUGUGAUGAGGGUUGUUCCCACGCUCCAGCCAGACCCAAGAACCACACAGAGACCAGCGAGUACUAUCACAAUUGAUAGAUUUACCAACCUGGGGCCGCGACUGACUCUUUGCAGAGGGGGUGUGCGGGGUGGGUGGGGUAAGAGGCUGGGAAAAUGACCACAAGGCCAAAGGAAAACAGGGACUUGUUGGGGGGGAAGGACGGACAACUAUGUUGUCUUCCCUAGAUCAAUUUUCUUCUGGAUGGCUCGAGCCGAGUGGUAGAUGAGAGAGUCGAUGAGUCCGGCCACUGGGGAGAGAGACGAGGGCUGGCACUGGCCCAGGUGGGCUCUUGGCUUGACCUCCGGGCCUUGUCACCUGACUGGCCAGGCCAGCAUCCCCCCCCUUGGCCCUUGAAGUGCCCCUCCUCCCUCAACCAAAACCUAGUGGGGGGAGUCAAGCUUUACACUCCCCAUCAAGCCCUGAACCCCAGACAGACACCCUCGAGCUUCUAACCUGUGAACAUGCCCCCGAUGAUAGCGCACACGCCUGUCAGGAAGUGUGUGAAGGACCUGGCAGAGGGGCGGGGGAGGGUCAGCAGGCACCCCGCUCCCUGCCGGCCCAGGCCCCUCCCUUUCCCUGCCCUCACCUGUGCUUCUCCGUCAGCUUCACCAUCAUGGGCGAGAGCUCGUACAGCACGAAGACUCCAGGAAGCCCCUGAUCGCCCAUCAGCCCAUUGGCGACCUUCUCAUGUCUGGUCACAGAGAACUGAUUUGUCCUCAGCACCUGGGACGGGACGGGAGCCUGGGCCAGGGCUGGGUCUAUGACCUGGCUCCCAACCCUGCCGCCCCACCCCUGCUCCUACCCCUGGUGUUGCAGUGCCUUGACUGUGUGGAGGAGAAAACGAGGCCCCACCUUGGAAACAAACACUGCAAGGCCUGGGGACCACCUAGAUGCCCUCUCCCAGCCUGACCAUCCCAGCUUCCCCUCCAGUCACCAGCUCUUUACAGCUUCUCAAUCCCAGCUACGUUUGGUGGACCCUCUCAAUGGGGGUCCAGGGGCGAGAAGCAACUCUCCAAGGCUGUACCACAAGCUCCUGGCGAGGCUGGGCCUGACUUCCUCUCUGCUCAGUCCCUUGCAUUCUACCAGUCUGCGGAGACGCUGCUCCACAGGCCACAGCAGAGACGGGAGGAAGGGGCAUGGGCGGGUUGACCUUGCUAGCUCCUGGCUCAGGGCAGAUAACAGGGGACAGUGAGGCAGACAGAGAGUGGACACGGGAGGAGUGGAUGGAGGUACUUUGGGCAAGUAGGAAAAGCGCUUUGAAAUCUGACAGCCUGGGGCCUGAGCUCUGGCUGUGAGGGCAAAUCACCUACCCUCUCUGAGCCUCACCUUGUCACCCAUCAUAUGGGGAUAAGAGCAGGACUCCGCUUCCCAGCUUGAAGGAACUCAGGUGCCUGGCACCAAGAGGGUGCCCGGAUGUCUGAGCUCCCUCAGACUCACCUCCCCAUCUACCUUCAUGUACACCGUGGGCACCACCUUCACAAAGUACUGGAACAUCAUGGAGGCUGCAGGGAGAAGAGGGCACUGGGCGUGGGUGCAGGCAGGGCUUGGGUAGCUGGGGGCUACCUCCCAGGCUGGUACCUUGGGGUGCAGUGACGUUGGUGUGGUCCAGGGGGUUCACAAUGCCCGGGUAGUCCUCCCCGAAUGACAGGUGCUGGAUGUAGUGGGUCAUGUUGAUCUGCAAGCAACACCAGCUCCUGGGUCUUGGAGCACUCGAGGCCCUGAAAGGCCCCUCCCUCUCAAAGGCUCUUCAGACAGGAGCAGACAGGGGCACCUGGGUCUGGGGAGUGGUGUGUAGAGAUGGGCCAAGGGCUGGGCCCUGCCUAGGAGAACCUGCUUGAGACAGGCACCCCCACCCCACCUAGGAAGUCCUUCCUCAGGGUCUGGGGGCUCCUGGGGCUCCAGAGUUUGAGGCUCUGGCUGCACCCACCCAUUAGCCAAGCACAGACUGGACAUGGGCCCUGUGUGGCAGGUGCUGGCUUUGCCUGGAGGCGCCCCAGAUCUCCCAGCUCCGGCGCCUGUCCUGCUCCUGUCUAGAUCAAACAGCCAUUAGAGGG